GGGCCUAAGUCAUGGGAGCGGCAGCUUUUCCUAGACGAUAGGUCCACAAAUUGCUAUAUCGACCACAUCGUAUUUUGUAAAUGCAAAGACGACAAGAGACACGAGUUCUUGUUGAUUUACGUUCGCCACCCGGAUCCAAACAUCACGGCCAAGGCACUUGUGGUCGUCGACCGUUCACCCUCCUCUCCCUCACCCAACUCGUCUGUUCAUACCCCUCCAGGCUCUGCCAUUGUGUCACCGUCAGUCUCCGAUACUCCUGCCGAUGACCGUAUUGUCAUCACCAGGGAAGACAAUAAAACGGAAGUGACUAAACCGUAUAAAUCAUACAGGGUGCUCUGUACCCUUACAUUCUCCGAGUCUUGUCCCUCCAAUAUCACCGCAAAUUAUUUACCACCUUCUGUUCGGCAGCUAUGCAUCCUUUUGAAAGUCAUCAACAAGCAUGCACCACUCUACAAUCUUUAUGAGCACCAGUGCUACUGGUUUGCGAAUACCGUGUUCGACACGUUGAAGAAACUAUGUCCAAAUGCACAGGAGAAGUGUAGUUCACACGGCACACGCGCCGACUAUCUUGGAUUAAAAUUCGACCAUCGUAACAGCAUAGAGGCGGUAUCUGAAGAAUAUGACAGAGCAUGGGGCGAGGCGUGUGAAAGGGUGAGGCAGGAAGAGAUCAAACGAGAAGAAAGUCGACGUGCACUUGUUGAAGCUGGGAUGAAGAUAGGUGAAGACCGCAGUCGUGCGGAACGAGAGCAACUCAAGGCUGUUAUAGAACAACAGAAGGCUGACAGUGCUGAAAGUGCACGACGCGAGGCCGAAAGACUGGUUGAAAUGGACCAACUCAAAGCCAGAAUACGUGAAUACGAAAACCGUCAGCCUGACAAAGCGGCUACAGCUUCCUGAAGAAGGGAUGGCAAAUUUGUUCUUGUAGUCUUUCGCAUUAUUUAUUUUCACGGAGCAGGCAGAGCCGAGUCUAUUACUUGUCAUCGUCAACAUGUCUAUGUAUAUUCCAGUACACUGUUUCAGCUGUAAGUACCGUGCCAGGCGUCUAGUGUAGUUAGAUCAUCGUAACGGUUCCAAAGCGGGUAGUUUUGUGCGAUAGUGCCACUUCACUUAGACUUCCAUGCUGCUAUGUUAUAACGAUCCCCAGAUAGUUGCCAAAUGUCUAUAGAGGAUGUCGCUGCGAAUAAUGAC